AUGGAGGUUAGCAAUAAAAUUAUACCUCCCCAUCUUAACGCUGAAGUUUACAGAACGGAUACGACCGGUACCAGUACACUGUCAUAUUUGGAUUAUAUUCGAAUUCAUCCAGAUGGAACAGUUUUAAUUGGAUGUUCAGAAUUAACUGGCCGUUAUUGGAAUGGAGGUGUAAAUAUAUUUAAAAAUGGACCAAGUGGAGAUAAUUUUAUUAAAGAAGCAAAGAAAAAUAUUAACCUUACAAGUGGAACUGCAGAUGGGUGUUUUAUAGAAAAUUCAAAUAAAGUUUUUUUAUGUGAAGACAGUGGUGCAGUAAGUAUAUGGACAACAAAUGAUGAUGCAUGGAAACAGUGGAAUGAAGAGUUGUCAGUGGCAGAACAUGAUGAUGCAGUACUAGCUGUUGAGUGCUUAAGCCCUGGCAAGGAAUAUAUCACUGCUGGUGGAGAUGGCAAUGUUAAGGUGUGGGAUGUUAAUGAAUUGCUCUGUAUAAGAAACUAUCAUUCCGCUCAUACAAUGGCUGUCAACACUGUGUCAGUUAGAACCAAAUCACAGAAAAAUUUUGCAACUGGGUCCUUAGAUCAAUAUAUAAGUUUAUGGGAUGAGAACAUUUCUAAACCAGUUUGUGAUGUUAUUAAGAACGACUGUGGUAUUCGUUGUUUAAGAUGGAUUGAUGAAUACCGAUUGUUGUUUGGUGAUGAAGCUGGUUGGAUAAGCCUAGUGGAUAUUAGAAAACCUGGAGUCUCAGUAAAGCUAGUUGAGUUUCCAGCUGCCGUUCAUCAAAUAGUAAUUCAGUCUGGAUCAAGUCGAGUUGCAGUUUGCUGUGACAACAAAACUGUUAACGUGUAUGAAAUACCAGAAGAUACAAAUAUAAGAAACAUAUAUAAAAACGGAAGUAUGCAUAAAGGUUUUGUAAGAGGCAUAGCUUGGGACCUUCAUGACAAUAAUAUUUUGUACACUGUGGGAUGGGAUGGCGAGCUAAUUAAGCACUGUAUCAGUGAAUAA